UCGCGACACUUUCUGGCGGUACCUCUGCAGCCGUCCUGGUACCUCCGGUGGUUUCCGCGCAGCAGUCACAGGCACCUCGGCUUUGCACUCCGCAGUCUGGCCCGCUGCUCGCCCGCAGGGAGCGUGGUGGAGCCCUGUGUUGGGCACGAGCCUGGCGGGGCGCAGGCUCCGCCCUGCUUCGCUCCGCCCCAUCUGGGCGAGGGAUAAAGGCCUCCACGGGGACAUGUCGUGUCCCCCUCAGCGAGGGCAGGAGACGGUGAAAGGUGGCGGCGCUGCCAGAGAGGGAAAUGUCAUCAGUGGAAACACAGCAAGAACAGUUGCCUCAGUCAGAUCCAUCUCCAUCGCCAAACUCAUGUAGCUCCUUUGAACUAAUAGACAUGGACGCUGGCGGCUUGUAUGAACCAGUUUCUCCUCAUUGGUUUUAUUGUAAGAUAAUAGAUUCUAAAGAGACAUGGAUUCCUUUCAACUCUGUGGAUUCACAGCAACUGGAAGAGGCAUAUGGCUCUGGAAAAGAUUGUAAUGGGAGCGUUGUCCCCACUGAUGGGGGCAGGUAUGAUGUUCACUUGGGGGAGAGGAUGCGGUAUGCUGUAUAUUGGGAUGAGCUGGCAUCGGAAGUGAGACGAUGCACCUGGUUUUACAAGGGAGACAAAGAUAAUAAGUAUAUUCCCUACUCCGAGAGCUUCAGCCAAGUAUUAGAGGAAACUUACAAACUUGCUGUAACUCUGGAUGAAUGGAAAAAGAAACUGGAGUCUCCCAACAGAGAAAUUAUUAUAUUACACAAUCCAAAGCUUAUGGUGCAUUACCAACCAGUUCCGGGGUCUGAUGAAUGGGGUUCAACACCCACUGAGCAGGGUCGACCAAGAACAGUAAAAAGAGGGGUUGAGAACAUCUCUGUUGACAUUCAUUGUGGAGAACCUUUACAAAUAGACCACUUGGUUUUUGUAGUCCAUGGGAUUGGACCAGCUUGUGAUCUCCGCUUUCGAAGCAUUGUACAGUGCGUUAAUGAUUUUCGCAAUGUUUCCUUGAACCUGCUACAAACGCAUUUUAAGAAAGCCCAAGAAAAUCAGCAGAUUGGGAGGGUAGAAUUUCUUCCAGUCAACUGGCACAGUCCUUUGCAUUCUACUGGUGUGGAUGUAGAUCUGCAGCGAAUAACCCUGCCCAGCAUUAACCGCCUACGGCACUUCACCAACGAUACAAUUCUGGAUGUCUUCUUCUACAAUAGCCCCACUUACUGUCAGACUAUUGUGGACACAGUUGCUUCUGAAAUGAACCGAAUAUAUACGCUUUUUCUGCAGAGGAACCCUGAUUUCAAAGGGGGCGUAUCCAUUGCUGGCCAUAGUUUAGGUUCACUUAUAUUGUUUGACAUCCUAACAAAUCAGAAAGAUUCUUUGGGGAGUAUUGACAGUGAAAAGGACUCACCAAAUAUGGAUCAAGGAGACACACCGACGCUAGAGGAAGCUCUGAAGAAGCUCCAACUUUCUGAAUUCUUUGGUGUAUUUGAGAAGGAGAAAGUAGAUAAGGAAGCUCUGGCUUUAUGUACAGACAAAGAUCUUCAGGAAAUGGGAAUUCCCUUAGGACCAAGAAAGAAGAUAUUAAAUUACUUUAGGACCAGAGAAAGUUCAAUGGGUAUUACUAGACCAUCUCUGCAAUCAGCUUCAGGGACAAGUAUGUCUAAUAUCCCCAAAGAAUCGGAGUUCUGCAGUAGUGCCAAUGGUACUGGGAAUGACUAUCUGGAUGUUGGCAUUGGGCAGGUGUCUGUAAAAUACCCCCGGCUCAUCUAUAAACCAGAAAUAUUCUUUGCCUUUGGAUCUCCCAUUGGAAUGUUCCUUACUGUUCGAGGACUAAAAAGAAUUGAUCCCAACUACAGAUUUCCAACAUGCAAAGGUUUCUUCAAUAUUUAUCACCCUUUUGAUCCUGUGGCUUAUAGAAUUGAACCAAUGGUGGUCCCAGGAGUGGAAUUUGAGCCAAUGCUGAUCCCACAUCAUAAAGGCAGGAAACGGAUGCACUUAGAACUGAGAGAGGGCUUGACCAGGAUGAGCAUGGACCUUAAGAACAACUUGCUAGGUUCACUGCGGACGGCCUGGAAAUCUUUCACCAGAGCUCAAUACCCUGCCUUACAAGCUUCAGAAGCUGUGGAAGAAACUGAAACAGAACCUGAGUCAAGUUCAGAGAAGCCUAGUGAUGAUAACGCAGAAGAGGCCUCUGCAGCAGUUAAAGAAGAAGCACCCCCCAUCAGUGUGGGAAUGCUUAAUGGAGGUCAGCGCAUUGACUACGUGCUACAGGAGAAGCCCAUUGAGAGUUUCAAUGAGUAUUUAUUUGCUUUACAGAGCCAUCUAUGCUACUGGGAGUCUGAAGAUACAGUGUUGCUGGUCCUCAAAGAAAUCUACCAAACCCAGGGUGUCUUCCUUGAUCAGCCUUUACAGUAGAAUCUUCUAUGGUUGUUUAUUAUGGACCUUGUGGGAUCCUUUUCCAGAAAACCCACCUGUGUGUUCCUGCAGUUUUUCUCUCCUCAGCUGCAUCAUUGCUUGCAUGUUGCCUGCCACUUACUCACCAUUCGGGGCUUUGUAAGAUAAUCUUCCACUUUGGAAGUGAGUGGAUAAACAAAGGGAAAACACAUUACUUUUUAACCACUGGCUUCAUAUGUAUGCUUGCCAUUCUUUCUUCAUAGCUGGGGGUGGUUUGCAUCCUUAAUUCUUUGAUGAUAGUAUAUAGGUGCCACACUUUAUUGCUUAUGUCAGAUGGUAUUGCCUGUUCGGAGUUUGAUUUGGGUUGGUAGAAAUUUUUCUAGGAAAUAAUUCUAGUUUGGAAGCAGGCACUUGGGACACACGCAUCUCUCCUUAGUGUUCUCUGCAUUUGAAAACUAAGUCUAAGCGGACAUGGAAAAGGCUCUUGAGCAGUCAUUCCUUUGAGCCAUCACUUUUUACAAAUCCUGUAUGAAGAAAGACUAAAAUGUAGCUUUAAAAAGUAUUGUUUACUCUCUCUCCAGCUGACUGACAGGUUUAUUGCUAAGAAUCACUGAUACUAUGCUGUUCAUUGUUUUUACAGUUGUUUGAAUUCAUCUGAGAGUAUAAAUGGACUAAUUAGUUCACAUUAGGUGCGUCUUUAUAAGGCAUGUUAUAUAUCUAGAAGAAGUCUGACUUACUUAUUUGAUAGUAGCUAAUGUUCUUGAGGGUAAAGCUUUUAUAAGAGCUGACAAACCUGAAAUUAUGCAGCCUUGAAUUAAUAAAAUCUCUUAGUGGCGCAUUUAUGGUGGAAUAGAAUUGUGGAAGUCACCCACCAUAUCGACUUGGGUGAAGGUAGUAUUGUGUGUCCUCUUUAAAAACACUUUGCAAACAUCAUUACCUUCUUAGAUACCCAUAAAUCAGAAUGCUUAUUUAAAAUGCUCAUGGCUCAGGAGUGUUGGUUGAGCAGGUAGGUUUGGCUAGGGGAAAAAGUUUCUUAUUCUAAAAGAAAAACAUGCCUAUGUGGGCCAAUGAACAGCUACUGCAGAGUCAGCAUCAGCACAUGCAAAGUGAGGUGUGCCUUGAAGAAAAUGGGUGAAUACAGACUAAUUUUUUUCCAAGGCAUCUACUCACCACUGUUCCAUAUUUUCUUUCUCAAGUUGGUCCAAGUUUGUCAUUGUCUUUGCAGUUUUCUUUGUGAUACACUUCCCUCAGAUUUCCACAGGCCACGGAAUAGGCAGGCAAGCUGUGUUUUUCUUUCUUUCUUUCCUUUUUAAUGUACCAUGGUAUCAAAAGCACUGGCAUUAACAUUCACUUAAGCCAUCCCUUCAACAGCAUUGGCCUUUCUCUCUUUCUGGAGAGAAAAGGUAGGGGGUUAAUUAGUGUCACCCUAGAGAUGGUAGAGGUAAGGUUGGGGUACAGGUUAGAGCCUGGCCUUUCUUUUCCCAUCUACUUACAGACUAAUGUUGACUAAGUCACUGAGUAGUUUCAGAUAAACUGAAUACUUUAUUUUCUUUAUACAGAAAUUCUGAAUUUGAAGUAAGGGUUAUUGAGAAUUAAGUAGCAUUCAAUAUAUAUUAUAGGGAAAGCUUUAUCCUCUAGCAGAAUUGGUACUAUUUAAGAGUAAACCAAAGCACAAGCAAAAGUGAGUUCUUAUAACCAAAGAUGAACAACAUAACUCCGGAUAGCUAGAUAAAGCAAUUCUUGUACUAAGAAAUGUUUCUUUCUUGAUGGUGAGGGGCAGUAAUUGUAAAAGAGCUUUAUAUCUUGUCUAUCCACUUGUGGUAUUUUGGUUGUAUAUGACACAGGGUAGUAAGCUGGAUUAUUGUUUCCUCUGGAAACUGAAAUAUUUAUGAAUUGUACAGCUUUAUAAAGAAAAGUAACAAAGGCAAAUGACUUAGAGCCAGAAAGUCUUAAGUACCCUAGGAUCUACCAAUUUCAACAUCUGCUGAAUAAGGCAAGCUGAAAUGGGUGGCAAAAUUGUCUCUUAGUUUCCCUUUGCUUCCUUAGUAGCUAAAUUGAUAUGCAUUCUAAUGUACAAAGUUAUGUUGAGUCAGUAAAUGUUAAUUGUUUCAAAGGACUACAUAUCUUGAAAGCAGUCAUUUCUGUCCUGGCUGUAAUUAAGGGAAGUCACCAUAUUUACAUUUUUAACUUACUUGCAUCUUAGGGGACAUAUUUCAUUAAAAAUAAAAAGCAACUCUUUAUUCUAAAAGUUAAGAAACAUCUAGAAGAAAAUACAAAUAAGCAUUCUAAUCAUGAUACAAUGUAAUAAGGCAAUGGAUGCCUUUCUGGCAGGGAAUAACAACAGAACAUUUAAAAAUGAUAGCCAAAUGGAUAUCAAAUGUCAGCUAAUGUAGCAAGCUUCACUCAAUUUGGGGAAUUUCUGGGGUGGUGAACAGGUGGAGGUACAGGGAGAGGGGAGAAGAGAGGGGCCAGAAACUCCAUACUCCUUUCCCAUACCUUGUCUUGUGCAUCUGUCCCACUUGGCUGGCUGUUCCUGCAUUCAGCUGUUGACAUAAAAACAUCCAAACCUACCUCUCUCAUUCCUUGCACAUCCACUCCCUUAAUCAUGAAGAUCCAUGGAUAUUUAGGUUCUAAGGUCUAGCAUUAAACAAAGCCUCGGGUCUCAAUAACAUGACCAUUUUUCCUUUUUAUAUUUAUUUGCAACUUCCACAAAUCUCCAGAAAGAUCAUAUUUGCUUAUUUCUUGUUCAACUAACAGCUAGAUGAAGACAUUUCAUAGGGUGAUAUUAUGGAUUUUGGGGGCCCUGGUAUGCUGGCACAUAAGAGGAUUCUGAUUCCUUAACCUGGAAGCUCCAAUAAGCUUGAUUUAAAUCCUUUAUUUAGUUGUAUAUAUUUUUAAAUCAUUUUUAUUUUUCAAUUACAGUUGAAAGCAAUAUUACAUUAGUUUCAGGUAUACAACCCAGUGAUUAGACACUGUAUAACUAAAUAAUCAUCCCAAUAAACCUCAUACCCCUCUAACACCAGUUAUUAGAAUAGUAUUGACUAUUCCCUGUGCUGUACUUUACAUCCAUCCCCAUGACUAUUCUGUAGCAACCAGUUUGUACUUCUUAAUCCCCUCAACCUUUGUCACCCAGCUCCUAUAACCCCCUUCCUAUCUGGCAACCAUCAAAGUAAUCUCUGUAUUUAUGAGUCUGUGUCUGUUUUGCUUGUUCAUUUAUUUUUUAGAUUCAAUUGAUGAUAGAAAUGUAUUGCCAUUUUAUUGUUCAUAUUUUUGAUCUUAAAGAAGACCCUUUAACACUUCAUAUAAUACUAGUUUGGUAAUGAUGAACUCCUUUAGCUUUUUCUUGUCUGGGAAGCUCUUUGUCUGUAUAUUCUGAGUGAGUGCUUUGCUGGGUGGAUUAAUAUUGGAUGUAGGUCCUUGCUUUUUAUAAUUUUGAGUAUUUCUUGCCAAUCCCUUUCUGCCUGAAGUUGCUUUUGAGAAAUCAGCUAACAGUCUUAUGGGGGCUCCCCUGUAGUUAACUGCUUUUCUCUUGCUGGGUUUAAAACUCUUUGUCUUUAAUCUUUUGCAUUUUGAUUACGAUGUGCCUUGGUCUGGGCCUCUCUGGGUUCAUCUUGUUUGGGACUCUGUGCUUCCUGGGCUUGUAGUUUAUUUCUCCUUCACCAGGUUAGGGCAGUUUUCAUCAUUUUUUCAAAUAGAUUUUCAAUUUCUUGCCCUCUUCUCUGUCGGGGGCCCUCAUGAUAUGAAUAUUGGCAUGCCUGAAGUUGUCCCAGAGGCUCCAUACACUAUCUUCAUUUUUUAAAAUUCUUUUUGCUGUUUUGAUUGGGUGUUUUUUGCUUCCUUAUAUUCUAUAUUGCUGAUUUGGUUUUCAGCUUCAUCUACUCUCCUGUUGAUUUCCUGUACACUAUUCUUUAAUUUAGUGUAUCUUUCAUUUCUGACUAGUUCUUUAUGGCAUCUACCAUAUUUUUCAGACUAUAAGACACACCCCCGUACUUGGGAGGAAAGGGGGGGCUGCGUCUUAUAGUCCGAAUAUUGCGAGCCUGGCUUGCUGUGCAGGGGCGGGGGGUGGGGCGGCUGUGGUGGAGUGGGGUCACAGGAGGCCGCCACUGCAUUUUCCUCCCAAAUGGGGAGGGGAGUGUGUCUUAUAGUUUGAAAAAUAGGUUAUGUCCUUUAUUUAUGCUGUUGAAGUUCUCAUUAAGUUCAUCUACUCUUCCCCUAAGUUCAUUGAACAUCCUUAUAACCAGUGUUUUGAAUUCUGCAUUCAGAUUGCUUGUCUCCCUUUUUAGGUGUUUCUUUUUGGAGUUGUGUUCUGUACUUUCAUUGGGACGUAUUUCUUUGUCUCUUCAUUUUGGUAGCUUCCUUGUAUUUGUUUCUGUGUAUUAGGUAGAGCUACUGUCUCUGGGGCUUGCUGGAGUGGCCCAUUGCAGUAGGUGUCCUGCAGGGCCCAGGAGCACAGCCUCCUUCCUGGCUCACCCGAGCUGAGCACUCCAGGUGUUCCCCCUCCCCCGUGUGGGCUGUGCUAAACCUCUUGUAGUUGAGCUUUGAUUUCUGUUGGCACAUCAAUGGGGGGGAUUUUAGCUGUAUAUUAUUUGCACUAUUUCAGUCACAUCAUGUGCAGUCUCUUGACCAAGCCUGUUUUUAAAUUCUGGUAGAGUAUGUCAUUUUAUACAUAUUCCAAACUCCAGAACUGGUAUUGCCUAUCUUAGCAAAAGAGAUUGUUUGCAUGGAAAGAUUAAUAGCACUGAAUUGCUUUCUGAUAUUUUGCACUUUUUGAAAUGUCUGUUUUUUACAUGAUUAUAUUUAAAACUCUAGUAAAUACUGAAAUAAAACCAUAUUGACCCUCUGCCUACUGUUACCUGGUUCAUCCAUCAUAAAGUAAAGAGUAUCAGUACAAUAACCAUUUUCUCUUCCCUUAUGGAUUAUUAAACAAAUUUAAAAAAUAAAAGUUGCCGGCAAAGAACUAACAUUUAAGUCCCUUUACUGGUGUUUUCAUUGUCAUAGGCAGAUGUAGUUCAGAAUUAAAAAAAAAACAAUUUAAAGCAUGGCAG